AUGGAAGCGUGCAAAGAUUGGAAAACCUUGGAGAAGAUACCUGCUAGCUUUUCCAUACAACUGAAGAGAAACAAGUCGGAUGUGAUGCUGAACAAUAACAGGAGAUUGCUCAACACUGAAAAGCUAAUUUUUAAGAACAACAAUCAGGAGGAAUUCCAGCUAGUAUUAGUAACUGUUGAGCCAGAAGGGUUUCCUGCAAAACAGCAUGUGCCGGAGAGGCAAUUUAUUAUCUACAACAUAGUAUGUGAUGAACUAUUAUUUGGCUUACCCCACGAAGCAUGGUGGGUGGUGGCACUGGCUGUACUUGGUCUUGGCAUUGCAUUCAUCGUGCCUUCUUUUCUUCCAUUGUAUUUGCUACCAAAGAACCAAGUCUCAAUGACAAACGAUCAUGUCUCCAAAACUUCUUGAUCUGCAUACUCUGUUGUUUGCUUUGACAAUAGAAUUUUGAAAGCCACCUUUGGCUGCAAAUUUUCCAUGUUUUCUAAAUCAUGAUCCAUCUGCCAUCAUUUUGUGUCUAAAUGCAAAAGAACUUUGGAAUUU